AGUCCAAGAUGGCGGCGGCAGCGAGCUGUCGUUUCCUCAGAGUAGGUCGGUGCUGGUCCCGGCUGCCUCUGAACGGUAGACGGGCCGAAUCACGGAGAAGAGUUACUGGGAACAGGCUUUAUUCUCAAAGUGCAUCCCUCUCAGAAGCAGCAGGAGCUGAUCCUCCAGGUUCUGAAGAAGUGGUCAUUCCAAAGAGAAAAACUUGGGAUAACGUAGCAGUUCUUCAAGCUCUUGCAUCCACUGUCCAGAGGGAUCCCACAGCUGUGCAUUACACAUUCCAAGAUGAUCCUUUCCUCAUCCCGGUCAAGUCUUCAGAAGCUCGUAAGUUUUUAUUGGCAAAGGAAUCUGGAAAGAAUGCAGCAAAAUACGUUAUUAAUACAUACCCCAAAUUUUUUGAGGAGGACAUAGCUGAACCACAUAUACCGUGCCUGAUGCCCGAGUACUUGGACCCUCAGCUUGAGGAAGUAAGUGAGGCUGCGCUUCAGGAGCGUAUUCGGCUGUGCAGAGUGAAGGCCUCUGUGGACAUGUUUGACCAGCUUCUCCAAGCAGGGACUUCUGUAUCUUUGGAAACCACAAACAGCCUCUUAGAUCUGUUGUGUUACUAUGGUGACCAAGAGCCCCCAAGAGAAGAACAGCCUCAUCAAAUUGAUGAAUCAGAAGAAUUGGAGGAAGCAGAAGAAAAGCUGACUCGGAAAGGGUCCAGACGGAAAGCAUCACAGCGCGAGAUAACCUGGAGAGCAAACAACAAUGCAGAAAGGAUUUUCAAUCUAAUGCCGGAGAAAAACGCACAUUCCUACUGCACCAUGAUCCGAGGAAUGGUCAAGCAUCACGCUGACAAGAAGGCCUUCAGCAUGUACACAGACUUACUGAAUAACCGGCUGCAGGCUGAUGUUCACACCUUCAAUGCACUGAUUGAAGCAUCAGACUCAGUGAAUGACAGACAUGAAGAAAAAUGGAAUCUUAUAUUGGAUUUGUUGAGACAAAUGGUCAAACAAAAGGUGAAACCAAAUCGCCAAACAUUUAAUGCCAUUCUCCAAACCCUUAGGAAGAUGGGCUCCUUUGGAAAAAUUCCUGCCUUACAGACUCUGUGUGAAAUGAAAGCUCUAGACAUAGAACCUUCACUUUCAACGUAUCACUACAUACUUGAGAUAUUUUACAAAAUAGCCCCGUCUGUCCGAACCUCUGCUGGUCAUCUCUCCAGAAUCAUCAGUGAGCUCCAGGGCAGGAAGCUGCAGGUGCAGGACCUGGAUGAUGUCUAUUUUUUUCCAUCCGCUAUGAAGGCGUGCUUCAUGCUUAAAGAUCUCGACCUCGCCUACCAAGUCCAUGGCAUCUUACGGACAGGUGACAACUGGAAGCUACUUGGCGAUUACUUUCAGAGUUUCUUCUAUUACCAAAAGUUCUUCAAUUUGUUGUGCCUGAUGGAGCAAGUCGAUGUCACUUUGAAGUGGUACCAGGAGCUGAUCCCUUCUGUCUGCUUCCCUCACUCACAACUCCUGAUAAAUCUUAUCCGUGCCCUGGACGUGGGGAGCCGACUAGAAAUGAUCCCCGAGAUCUGGAAAGAUUGCAGAGAAUUCGGCCAUAGCCAACGCAAUGAUGUGAGGGAGGAAAUCCUGGAACUGAUGGCCAGAGAGAAGCAGCCCCCAGAGCUCCAGGAAGCCUUUGCUGACUGUGCGGCCGAUAUUAAAUCUACAUAUGAAAAUGAAGACCGGGGCAAGCUCUGGCCGGAGUUGGCCACUGGGCCCAUGAAUUGCAUUGCCCUCCUCCUGCUCAGGGGCGGCAGGACUCAGGAGGCCUGACGACCUCAGCACGGGCCCUGACUUGGUGUCUUGCCCAGAAGUAGAGGCUGUGAUGAUUGGCGCAGGGGUACGGACCUCAGCUGGAUCAUGGGAGCUGAAUGUAUGUGUGUCCCUGUCCUCCUGCGUGUGGCAGGGUGAUGGGAAGCACUUACAUGAAACUGGUGCCUAAAUCUGAGCCUCCUCCGCAUGCUGGUGUCAAGGGUGGGCCGUGUACGCCCUCCUGUUCUUCCUGCAGCCGCAGCGGCAUCUGCUGGGGAGGAGGGGGGGAUGCUCAGAACGGUGGGCCCAGAGUGCAGUUAUCUGGCUUCUCUUGUGUUUCCUUGACUUGGUGAAACAGUUGCCGAUUUUCUUUUGGUCUGAGAGUGCUACUCCUGUGACCCCUCUGACCCAGCACAAGGUCAUUGGGCAUUGCUCAGCCAGUAUUUGUUCAGUACAUUAUAGUUGACGUUUUACCUGGCUCCUUUAGUUCAACUUCUAGAGUCUGUCAGGAUUGUUUCCAUCUUUGUCCUUCUCUUCCCCCCCCCCCCCUGCCUGGCCUUGCAUAGGGGCUUCAGAAAUGGGGGGUGAUUCUUGAAUAAACCAGCUAUUCUAACUCAAAAUAGACCUUCCCCUACCUGCCCAGACCCAGCCACCUUUCUCCCCCUUCUGAGGAUGGAGAGAGUUGGCUCAUCCUUGGCCCAUCCCCAUCUGUCAGUGUUGAAAUCCCAUUGCAGGCUCAUUAGGGACCCUCUCUGAGAGACACUGGGCUGGGCACUGGGAGCCCUAGAAGUGUGGGCCGGCCCUGCCUUGAGGGAGCCAUAAUCUUCUC